GUUUAUAGUGCGGCUCCUGUUACUAUGAAGAUCAGGUACAAUACACAUCACUGUGUUUGCCAGUAAAGGAGAAACAUUAUAAGAAUAUCUGACAAAAUCAGUUGCUGAACAAGAAAAUGUCUGACAAGACCGAGAACCAAACUUUAGAGCUUCCUGAUGCACACGGAGGUAGAGUCACAAACUGCAGUUAUCCUUGUCAUGGUCAACAUGCUGAUGCUUCUGUCAAUCUUUUUCAAAAUCAAGGAAGUCACACAAGACAUAUAUGUUCUGAAUGUGGGAAAUGUUUUACCAGGAAAUCAAAUCUUAUUAUACAUCAGAAAACUCAUACAAGAGAGAAAGCGUAUUCAUGUUCUGAAUGUGGGAAAUGCUUUACUCUAAAAUCAUCUCUUUUUAAACAUCAGAAAAUUCAUACAGGAGAGAAAGCAUUUUCGUGUUCUGAAUGUGGGAAAUGUUUUACACAGAAAACAAACCUUGUUACUCAUUUAACAAGUCACACAGGAGAGAAACCAUUUUCAUGUUCUGAAUGUGGAAAAUGUUUUACUCGGAAAUCAAAUCUCAUUAAACAUCAGAGAAUUCAUACAAAAGAGAGUGAAGCAGUCUCAUGUGCUGAAUGUGGGAAAUGUUCUACCCAGGAAUCACAUCUUGUUACAGGUGAGGAAGCAUUUUCAUGUUGUGCCGGUGGGAAAUGUUUUACACAGAUAUCAACUCUUAUUACUCAUCACAAUGUUCAUAGUGGAGACUAAAAAUGGGUUAUAAUGCUCUGAAUGUGGGUAAUUAUAAAGGAGAGCAAGCAUUUUCAUGUUAUAA